AUGCAGACUACCGCUCUGAAGAGUAUCCGAUCCCUCGUCCCUCUCCUUGACCGAGUUUUGGUCCAGCGGAUCAAGGCAGAGCCGCGAACCGCUGGUGGCAUCUAUCUCCCCGAGAGCAGUGUCAAGGACCUAAACGAAGCAAAGGUUCUGGCCGUGGGCCCUGGUGCGUUUGACAAGGAUGGAAAGAGACUGUCAAUGAGUGUGCAGGAGGGCGACAAGGUUUUGAUUCCUCAGUAUGGUGGCAGCCCCGUGAAAGUCGGAGAGGAAGAGUACCAUCUAUUCCGGGACCAUGAGCUGCUCGCCAAGAUUAAUGAGUAA